AUGGGCCAGAAGCAGGACCUGUGGUACAACUUAUACCUUUCUGGCUUCAAGGCUGCCACCAUGGAAUGGGGGCGUGGCCCACAGCUCCGAGGCGCAUCACAAGGCCUGGUUGCCGUGGUAGCGGCAGAGGCAGCCGCGGAGGCCCGCGGGAAGGCCAGGACCCCGCAGGAGCUAGUGGCUAGUGGCUGGAACCGCGCCCACUCCAUGGCCACCAAAUGGUUCACUGGUGCGCCCUUCGGGGUGCAGAGCCACAGGUUUGACAUCUCUGCUGUUUAUCCCAACCGGAAGAAGCUCAGCACCUUCACUGAGGCCCCAUACUCCACGCGUUAUUCUGUGGAAGUGUCCCACAUAGGCCCUGGGACCUACAGCUCCAAGGACACCUGCUUCAGCAAGAAGAAGCUGAUGAAGGAGGUGGAUACAGGCUGGGCCAAGGCCCAGGAAGCCACGCGGCUGACCCAGCUACCCCACUUCCAGUACCAGGCGAUCAUGAAAGAGAAGCGGCUGCAGGAGCAGAAGCUGGGGCCUGGCUCCUACAACCUCAAAGGCUUCUUAGAACAGCUGCGGGAGAAGCCAUGUAGCACCCGGGGGCUGCUCAGCUCUGGGGAGGUUCGCUUCCGAGGACUCAUUGGGAACUACUAUCCGGGCCCUGGAAAUUAUGGGGAGAAGGGCAACCCAUACACCAAGCUGGAGGAGAAUGCCUGGAACCGGUCCCAUUCCGAGGGCCUCAUGUGCAGGAUGAGCAACAAGCCGCACCCCCGGGCUCAUCAGGGCAGUGGUCUGGCACCCGGCACCUACUCCAUCAAAAGCGGCAUUGAUACUUACGUGGCACGAUCCGUUGGCACUCGUGGUCCCUAUGACACUUUCUCUGGUGAUCGGAGCAAGCCACUGCCCUAUGGGCACUACUCCAUGCAGAAAAAAAAGCCCAGGGAACUGAUGAAUUUCAAGAGCUUCGUAGAAGAACUUAACUCACGUCACAAUGAGAAACGUGGGGCUUUUUCUAAACUUCCCCGCAACCCGAAAAUCCCUACGGAGAGGAUUUACUGGUCUACCCCUAGCCAGUGCCCACGCCUUCUGGCCACGUCUGGCCCUGGUUUCUGGCUUCCACAAGAGAAGAAAUGCAGACCUGUCAACCAGCCACCGUUCCUGUUCUCCUCCAAGGGGUCAGGUGCAAAGGCCUGCCAGAUGAUUUUGGGAAGCUGGAACCCCGUAGGUGUGGGCCGCUACCUCAACACCUGGCUGAUGGAGACCAAGGACAGGCGGCAGCGAUAUCGGUCCUUAUACCUGCCUGGAUCCAAACGCUACCUCUCAGACCUGGCCCGGGACAUGCUCAUGCAGGAAAGGAUCACACCAUUUACUAAGGGGAAGUGCCCUCCAACUGUGGAUUACAAUUCAGAUCCUACUCCUUAAAGCCACAUGUGAAGGACAGCUCGCAGUGACUGGAGAACCCAAAGGCCUGAAAACAAUUCUGGGGGUGAGAGCAUGGGCAUGGGAAAGCAUGGGUGUGGGAGUGGGGGGUUUUAGGGAAAAGACACACAAGAGUGCCUGGGAGUGGGGAGAGACUUGUGGAGAUCACCUUUGCCGGAGCUGUAUACCUGAAGGUCACAGUGUCUUCCGGGACAGCUGGGGGCGGAUAUCUUGUUACAGGAGAUCAAUUAUCCUGAGAAUUAACUCAGCCAGUGACAUGAACAUGGGGGCCAGAUAGCAGAUGGACUGAAGGGAUGGGAUGUGGUGGACACUUGUGGGACCCUUUCUAUUCUAAAGCCAGAGUGCUUGGCUCCUUGUUUAUUAAAGUUCAGAAAGUGGUGGGAGAGUGUA